AGAGAGAGAGAGAGAGAGAGAGAGAGAGAGAGAGAGAGAGAGAGAGAGAGAGAGAGAGAGAGAGAGAGAGAAACAUUCUAGACAGCUAUAUCUAUGGCUACGGAUGACAAGCAGAGAUUUGGCUAACAUAAAGGGUAAACAUAUAGGGCUUUUGUAAAAGGCAGAGAGACCAAGCGACAGGGGACCAAUUCGACCGGGAACAGUCAACAGGAACAGAGUCAAAAUCCACUGGGAGAGCGCUCCGUGCUCGCUGCAUUUGAAGCCUUGACUGAGAGUCGAAUAGAACAUGGAAGGAAUGGCAUACGGAGCGGGCAAGGCCGGAGGAGCCUUCGACCCGGUGACGUUCUUCCAGCAACCUCAAACCAUCCUCCGCAUCGUCUCAUGGCUCUUCUCCAUCGUCAUCUUCGGCUGCAUCGCCAACGAGGGCUACGUGAACCGGCCGGACGAGGUGGAGGAGUUCUGCAUCUUCAACCGCAACCAGAACGCCUGUAACUAUGGCGUCGCCAUGGGGACGCUGGCCUUCCUGUGCUGCAUGGCGUUCCUGGCGGUGGACAUACGCUUCCCCCAGAUCAGCAGCGUCAAGGACAGGAAGAAGGCCGUGCUGGCCGACGUGGGCGUGUCAGCCUUCUGGUCCUUCAUGUGGUUUGUGGGGUUCUGUUUCCUGGCCAACCAGUGGCAGGUGUCCAAGCCGGAGGACAACCCCCUGAGGGAGGGCGGGGACGCGGCCAGAGCAGCCAUCACCUUCUCCUUCUUCUCCAUCUUCACCUGGGGUGCUCUCACUCUCUUCUCUCUGGAGAGAUUAAAGAGUGUGUCGUUUGAAGAGGAGUACAACAAGCUGUUCACCCCUCAGCCCUCCCUCCCUCUGAUAUAAUACACCUCUGAUUAACCUGGCUGUUCUCUCCACAGCCCCCCCUCCCUCUGAUACAAUACACCUCUGAUUAACCUGGCUGUUCUAUCCACAGCCCCCCUUCCCUCUGUCACCCUGUCACCCUGUCUGUGUGCCUGGCUGUCUGUCUGUCUGUCUGCUUGCCUGUGUCUGUCUGUGCGUGUGAGGGUGUGUUGCUAUGGUAACCACCGUUCUGCUGUGAGACACAGGUGCUGCGGUGUCCGACCAGCCGAGCCACACCCAUAAAUCUGGACAGCCAAUGACACGCUGCCGUUUCACACCAUAAAACCCAAUGACAGUUAGGGUUUAAAUCACCAGCGUUCCGUCGUGAGAGUUCUAUUAGUUCUGCAAGUGGGUGUGUCUGUCUCUGUGUGUGUCUCUUUGUGUACACGUAUGAUGUGUGUGUGUGUAUGUGUGUAUACUCCCUUGCUAAUAUCAGGUUAGCCUCACCUUAUCAAGACAGCCACUUGGAUCGUUGUUGUUGUUUGUUGUUGUUGCUUGUUGUUGUUGUUAUUGUUGUUGACAUACUUGCUUCCUCUCUCUGAUUUCUCUGCUGCUGUGGUACCUAACAGCAGACUAAUACAAGCAUCCACCGUUGCAUUCCUGCUAACUAAUUCCUUUGCUUCCCUCCCUUUCUCUUUCAUUUCUGUCCUCCUUCACCAUCCCUCCUUCCCUCCUCCUCUACCUCCCUCCCUCCUCCUCUACCUCCCUCCCUCCUCCUCUACCUCCCUCUCUCCUCCUCUACCUGCCCCCCCUACUCUACUCUACUUCCUUCUCAACCUCUUCCGGCCUCCUUCCCCAACAACACCCCCCUAACCUUCCUCCCCAAACCCUGCCCUUGCCCCCCCCCCCCCCCCCCCCAGGCGGCACAGUCCUUCCUGGCCUACCAGAGGUACCAGCUGGGGGCCGACUCGGCCCUGUUUGGGGACUACACCGACCCCAGCCAGGACGCGGCGGCCGCCCCCUACACUGCCUUCAGUGGGGGGGAGGACAGCCCCGUG